AACAUUUUCUCAUGACGCGGAGGAGUUGGCGAGGUCAAAACUGAUAAGAGCAGUUCUAAUUUUCAGGCCAUUAAAUUAUUAAACAUCAUAUACAUUUGUGCAAAGAAAUCCACACAAUUUUAAAACAUAAGUUCUGAAAAUGAAUCAGACGAAGGAGCUGGAAAAUGAUAUGAAAAUGGAUUACGAAGAGACAAAUUCGGAGAGCGAGGAUGUGAUUGAUCUGAAUGAAAAAUCCUCUAAGCCAGAUAGGAAAAGAACCUUCAAAUGCAUUGUCUGUAAGUUAAGUUUUGGUAAAGAAGUUGAUCUACAAAACCACAUCAAAAUCCACAUAACAAGAACAGCAUACAGAUGUGAAGUGUGUGAUGCACCGUUUUCCAGGAAGGAUAGUCUUGAAAAACACCUUAAAACUCACUUCGUGGCAACAAAACCCACACAUGAAUGUGUAGUUUGUAGUGAGCUGUUUAAUAAUAGAAGUCUUUUAGAAGAACACAUGGAGACACACAUUGAUGACAAAUCCUAUAUGUGUGAUGUCUGUGAAGAAUCUUUUUCUCAAAAUACAGACCUUAAGCAACAUAUGAAAAUUCAUUCUGAAUCUGAAACUGUGAGGAAAUCUUUUGAAUGUGAAUUUUGUCUUAAAUCUUAUAAAUGCAAAAGAACUCUACAGGGUCAUUUGAUCAUGGUGCAUUUGAAUGAAAUUUUUGUGGAAAAUAAAACCAGUAACCUUCUGUUGGAAUCUGACGAUGUUAGUGGUGAUAAUGAUGAGAUUAGCAGUGAUGAUAAUGAGGGGAUUAGUGAUGAUGAUGAUGAUGAUAAUGGCAUCAGCGAUGAUAAUGAUGACAUGGGUGAUGAUGAUAGUAUUGCUGAUGAUGACUACGAAAAUGACAUCAACAAUGAUAAUGUUGACAUCAGCAAUGCUGAUAAUGACAUUGAUGACAAAAACAUUGAUAAUGAUGCCAGUGAUGAGGUUGACAUCCACGAUGCAAAUGCUGAUAAUGACAUUGACGACCAAAACAUUGAUAAUGAUGCCAAUGAUAAUGUGGACAUCCACGAAGCAAAUGCUGAUAAUGACAUUGACAACAAAAACAUUGAUAAUGAUGCCAAUGAUAAUGUUGACAACCGGGAAGCAAACAACGACCAUCUACAAGCAGACAUGAGAGAUAAUUCUGCCGAAAUGCCCUCAACAGCUGAUGAGUUAAUAGCCACCUCUUCUGAUGCCCAGAAUCAUAGUCCUAAGAAACCAGGAAGAAAACAAACGUACAGAUGUGCUGUUUGUAAGGAAAAAUUUCGAGAGGAAAGCGAUUUAAUACUUCAUAUAAAAACUCAUAUCGUUAAAAAACCAUUCAAAUGUGAAGGUUGUUAUGAAUCAUUUACAGAGAAUACCGGUUUAGAAAAUCACAAGUGUCUCUUUACUCGUAUCCUUCUUGAAGAUACUAGUAAAACUUAUAAAUGUGUAAUCUGCAGGGAAUCGUUCACUGAUAGGAAUCAAUUGCAAACUCAUAUAAAAGUUCAUAUUGGCGAAAGACCCUACACAUGUGAAAUUUGUGAAAAAACGUUUACUCAAAGCACAAGCGUAAAGCGACACAUGGCACUACAUAGUGAGGAACGACCAUACAAAUGUCAACUUUGUGACAAAUCAUAUUUUCGAAAACAAUGUCUAGACUAUCACAUGAAACUUCAUGGUUCUGAUUUAGUAAAGAAACGUUACAAAUGUGACUAUUGCUAUAAAUCGUACAAUAACAUGCGGAAUAUGAAGGCACAUUUGAUGAGAUUACACACAGACAAAAAACCGUUUAAAUGUACCGUUUGCCAAAUUUCAUUUUCUGUGUAUCGUGAUCUUAAGAAACAUAAAUCCACACAUCCAAAGAAGCCAUCUUAUCAUUGUAAUAAGUGCAAUAAAUCCUUUUUCCGAGAAGAGGGUUAUCAGAGUCACCUGAAAAGUCACAAACGGACAAAAUUCCCCUGUGAUGUUUGCGCGAAAGUUUUUAGAAGGAAACAAACCGUUUAUGCACAUAUUCGACUAAAACAUCCUGACCAUAAACCCCAUACAUGCGAUGUGUGCUUUAAAACGUUUACCCUAUAUGAAACUUUACUAAAACAUCGGCAGAUUCAUGGUGACGAGAAAUUACAUAAAUGUCACAUUUGUCCACGGUCAUUUAUUCAGAAAGUCAGUCUUCAGGAUCAUAUUCGACUUCGUCAUGCGAAAGACAACCUCGUAACCAGAUCCAAAAGUGGUCAACUGAUGAAAGGCCUGCCAAGCGAGGAUACCAUUAUCAAUAAGAAUGUUACUUGAUAAUCACGAAUAUGUGGGUGGAGUUAUCAUCUGUUAAUCGAACGAUCAGCAAUUGUCGUAGACGGUGCGGACACAGUUGAUGCCUAUUACUAGUCCAAACUUCCAACAGUGACAACUCAAUUCAGAAUAAAGUACAUGUAAUUUGGUUUAAAUUUUCAAUAUUUUCUUUUUUUUUUAUCAUCUAUUUUAAAGGAGCUAAAUCGCUAAUAUUUUAAACCUAGAAAUUGACAUACAUGUAAAUGGGUCGCAAUGCAUAUAAUAAUGUAAUAUGAAUGUAUAUAAACUGAUUUACAUUCAA